AUGCCAUAUGCUGAUGUAAUUAUGAACUGGAUCCAGGAAAACAUACCAGGCGGCACGUCUUACCAUUCAAACAAUGCGAGUUGCUUUAUACAAAAGGUUCACGAUAUCGAAGAAAACAUUUGGGUUCCGCAACUAGGCAUCAAGGGUAAAGUUGACGUGACUUUGAAGGUGAAAUCUGAUGGUAAAACAAGAUUACGACCACUUGAGCUCAAAACUGGUAAGAGCGGCCCUUCUUCUGAGCAUGCCGCACAGGUGAUGCUAUAUAACCUGAUGUUAUCGUCUCGAUACAAGCAAACCCUCGGAAAUGGUUCAUUAUUAUACUUGAAAGAUGGAGUAACGCGGGAAGUGCGUUCACGUGCUCUGGAGCUGAAAGGCAUUAUGAAUCAACGCAAUAAUCUUGCUUUUUACUUAUCGAGACUCAAAUUUGAUUUGCUACCAGAGCCAAGGACCGACCCUAGGUUUUGCGGAAAAUGUGACCAGGCUUUGGUUUGCUCUUUCUAUCAAGUGGCCAUAGAACCUCCCGAUAGAUCUUCCAAACUUAUGUACAAUUUUGCUAAGGCGAACAUGGGCCACCUUUCAGAGAGCCAUCUCGAAGUUUCAGCAUAUUUCAAGAAAUGGAUGAGGUGGAUUUUCUACGAAUGGGCAGAAGAUAAAGCCAGAAAAGGAAGCAAGUUGGAGGAUCUCUGGCGAAAGACACCAGAGGAGAGGUAGAA